AUGAGCCAGAAAGAAAAAGUAGACAACGAGGGCGAACCUUCAGACAGAAACUCCAACUUCGGAGAGCAAGGUGACGAGUCUGCACAAGAAGGCGAGGCCAUGGAGGAUGGAUCGGCUUCAAGUGACACUGGAGAAGAGCAGGAACUAGCGUCCGACCGCGACUUAAGCAGCGAAAGCGAAGAGGGAAGUAGUGGGGAAAAAUCGUCGCACCGGACGCAGACAAGUCAAGCCGCUCGGACGGCCACGAAUACGAAUCGAUCUGAGGAAAGCGAUGAAGAAGAUGGUGCCUUUCUCGAAGGAUUUUCACGUCGUUCGGAUUAG